AUAUUUUUUUUUUCAGACAUCAAAACGCUUUUUCUGGAGGGAUGGAGUUCUGCAGAACCUGCGUGCUUUUGGGACUUUUAUCACGAUUGUCAAUGUCUUUAUCAGGUGGAAGAAUAACAUCAGUGACGUCUGAUUCUGACACCAUCAUCUCCAUCAGCAGGAUGAGCGAUGAGCCACAAUGUGAUGUGUGUGUGAAUAAAACCACGAGGAUAUGCCACUCAACAGAGAUAUCCCUGACAGAUCCUCUCAACAUCUCUGUGGAAUUUACCUGUCCACAACCUCAGGAACUCUUCAAUGUGGAAAUCAACAGAGAAAUCGACUGCACAGAGACUUCUUUUUCAGUUAACAUCCUUAAGGCACAGUCUUCACUCUUCCCAGACUUCCCUCGAACCUUUACCUGGGACCUGAAGACCUCCUCAAAACAGACAUUCCAGCUUGAAUUCCCGAAACCAGGCAUGCGCCAAAUUCAAGUGGGCGAGUCCUGUCCUGAUCAGCAAACAUACUCACUGGUAGCUUAUUUGCGCAAAGGCCUAUCAGUCAUUGGUCUCUUCUGCAAAGGGGGACCUGUGACCACCAUUCUGGUUCGAUCAAAAGGACGUCUGUAUCUAAUGGUGCCUAGAGACACACAGCCGGACCCUGUCAACAUCAGUGUAACACAAGGGCCUGAGACCAGGAUGUUGGCGAUAGUGAAAGUGAACCUACCACGAGGUGCAUCAGACACAGACUUCUUUACGCCAAACUAUCCUUUAAGUUACCCGGACAAACAGCAGAUGCGGUGGGAUUUCAUGGUACCCAGAAGGCACAACUACACGAUCCUUUUUAACAACCAAACGUCUCCUGAGUGCCUUGAGGGCGACGUGACUGUUGAAUAUCAAAAAAAGGAAGGCGAGGUGAUCAGACGAACUCUGAUGGAUCGUCAGCCGGAGCAUCAGCAGGGAAACUUCAGCAUGGCGCUGGAGAAUUGUGAAACCGACACGAGAGUGUGGGGCCUCGUCUUCAGCUACAGAGUCUCAGUGAUGAGGAGUGGGCACCCAGUUUCAUGCAUGGUGGAUCUAACUGAGCACAAAGACGUGACCCUUCAGAUAGAGAAAGUUCAAUCUGGCACUGACUGUGAGAUGAACUUUGACUCAAAGGUUGAGAAAAUUACCUUCGCUCCAGGGACCAAGACUAACCUGACCUUUCUUGACUGCCAAGUUGGCGAUGUGCGCACAAGUCAAGUAAUUGGUUGCCAAAAUGCAUCACGCCCCUCAACUUUCCUCACUGUUCAAAAACUGGACACCUGUUUGCCGAUGACUCUCCACAGCUUCACCUGGUUCAUCGACAUCCCUCAGAGCAGCACCAUUGAUCUCCAAUCACCCACAGGGAGCUUCCGCCAGUCGCUGCCUGGUCAGGAGUGUGAUCAGGCCGUCUCUCUGCAUGUGACAGAGGAUGACGGUGUUCCUGUUGGUGAUUUCUGCUACAACGGAACAAUCACUCAAAUUCAGGUGCACUCCAGAGUCUACAUCACAGCCUCAGCCCCUGACUUAAGCAACAUUAGUGGGCCUUUUCUCCAUGUCAGCUACAGCGAGGAAAUCCCAGAGAACAUCAUAUACAGCUUAAGUCUACAUAUCUCACCACGGGCCCUGUUGGCCACCCCUAACUGGCCUAUGGGCAUGAAGCCUUUGUCAACAGUGUCCUGGAUCAUCACUGUCCCGAGUGAGAACAUAGCGCACCUGACGUUUGUCAGCGUCAGCCAGCCUAGAUGCAAAGAUCGCCACACAAUCAUCAGGGUGGCGAAGAUUGGGGACGAGGAGGAGCUCUUAAGUCGCAGGGAGGACGAGGUGCUGGAGGACGAGCUUCUGGUGGAUCACAGUUUCUAUCUGAACGUGUCCAACUGUUUGCCAGAGCUGGGACAAUUUGGUGUUGUGAUCAAAGUUGAGCUGAAGACACCACCUAAUUUCUCCGCCAUCUUCUUUGGGAAAAUUGGAGUCCUGAUCAUUGUGUUCAUAGUGGUGGCUGCAGUCUUCUACAUCAUACGUGAGUUAACUUGUAGCACAACUUUAACGCUCACAGGUACGUCCUGAGGAUGUUUUGAUGUUCUGAAAUGGGUUUUUAUGUUGAUUAACAUUUUCUCCUUUUGUCUUCUGUUUUGUCAAACAGGGAGAAAAACUUGAAUUGAAGGAGUCCUGUAGAAGCUUGACUUGCUUUGUAU